UUUAGUGUCUAUUUCCGAAAGUUAACUAUAGGAGCAGCCACUACCGGGGUAUUAUGCGGAAUACUCAUUUUUCUUGGAAUUGGUUAUGCAGGACUGGUUUUGCUGGCCGCUUUUUUUCUAUUGGGGACACUGGCUACAGCCUGGGGCAGGAAAGCGAAAAUGCAACUGGGUAAACCUGGAGAUGCUGUUCAAAGAGAGUCCGGACAAGUGCUGGCUAAUGCUGGGGCAGCAACACUGCUUUCUUUUGUAGCGAUAGUUUUUCCUGCAUAUAAAGAGGUUUUACUCUUGAUGGCAGCUGGAAGUUUUGCCUCAGCUACAGCGGAUACUUUAUCUUCUGAGUUGGGCGUAUUAUAUGGGAAAAGGUUUUAUAAUUGUUUGAACUGGAAAAGAGAGCGAAAAGGGCUCGACGGUGUGAUCAGUUUAGAAGGUACAUUGAUUGGUAUAGCAGGGGCGGGUGUAAUUGCAUUAAUCUACAAGCUGUUUAGCGUAAGCGCUGGUGGCAUGGUAAUUCUUGUUUUUGCAGGUUUGAUGGGGAAUUUUUCGGAUUCAGUGCUGGGAGCUGGUCUUGAA